AUGCUCGCUCUCCGAUCCUUACCUCGUCGGCUCUCUUGGGUUGCCCCUAAAAAACUCUGUCAACGUCAAUAUGCAAGCGUUCCUCAACUCUGCGCGGCCGAUAUAGGCGCUCCAAAGAACACAGAACAUGUUCGACAAGUCGAUCAGCACCUCAGAGAUAGUGGAAUUCUCAAAAUCGACCUCCAGUUUGCAGACGACAACUGCAGCUAUCUCAGACAGUUGCUUCUUCAACUCCACAAAUACCACGAUCACGGACUUCCAACGACCCACAGUGCCAGUCGUGGCUGGUUCUGGGAUGUGCGCCCGCAACUAGAUCCUCGGACCGAUGCUUAUAUCGCACGCUCCGAGACGAUGAACCAAUUUCCCUGGCACACAGACUGCAGCUAUGAGAAAGCACCGGCCCGCUACUUUGCUCUACAGGUGAUUCAGCCAGACAAGUGUGGUGGUGGCACUCUCUCGGUCCUGGACACUGCCCGCCUGGUGUCUCUUUUGUCACCUUCGGUCCUCGAGGCGCUCGGUCAGCCUGAAUUCCGCAUCAACGUCCCGCCUGAGUUUCUCAAGGAGAAAAGUGUGACACACGUGGUCGGAAACCUGCUUCAGGUGAAUGGGAAGCCGAGGACGACUCAGCUACGAUUUCGGGAAGACAUCAUCACACCAUUGACUGAAUCGGCAAAAGUUGCGUUUGAGGAACUACAGCGGGCUCUGGCGAGUGACGAUAUUCAGUCACGGGUGGUGCGCUUGACAUCUAGUAUGCUUCCGCGUGGGUCGAUCAUCGCGAUGGACAAUCGCCGCUGGUUGCAUGGUCGGGACGAGGUUCUUGAUCCUAAUCGAUAUCUUCGUCGAGUUCGAUGGGAUGCACGUCCUUUCAAUAACCUGUAA